AUGGGAUCAAGUAAUCUUCCAAAGUUUAGGUCUGAUCUCAGCUUUACAAAUUCUGAAGAUCGUCUUUUCCUCCGGGAAUCAUUAGACACGGUAGUCAGUUCCUUGACACAUACCACAAAUUACAUCUGUAUAGAAGAAAGGGACAGUGAGCUUCCGGAAGAUGCAUGGAAUGAGAACAAUUUGGAGAAUUGUAAUGAGGAAAACAUGGAACAAUUGCAGAACGAUAGCCAAGAAAUAGAAUAUGAAAACCUUUAUAUAUCUGACGAGGUAAGGAAUCAAAUCAAUGAAAUGAAUAAAAAGGCUUUGGACGCCCUAGCAAAAGUUGAACUUCAAAAAGCUGUUGAUCUGUUCUCUGAAGCUAUUGAGGUCAACCCAAACAUUUCUAGUUCUUACACCAACCGUGCCAUUGUCUAUAUGCAAUUGCAAAAACCAAACGCUGCUAUUAAAGACUGCAACAUGGCCAUUGAACUGAAUCCCAAAUCAUCAGAACCAUUAAAAUUGAGAGGAAAAGCAUUCAAGGAACUGGGCUGUUUAAAAAAAGCAGCCUGUGAUUUUGCUUUAGCUUCUAAGUUAGAAUAUGACAAAGAGGCCAAUUCAGUACUAAAGGAAUUAAAAUCAGGAUUUCAAAGAAAUUCUGAAAGGCAAGCAAAGUGCAUCCUUACAUAUAAGGAAUCUGAGAUACUGGAAAAGAUUAAGAAAGCACAGAUAAUUUUAGAGGAUCAAAAACUAGACCAGAGAGAGGAAAGUAUUAGCAUAGAACUGGAGAACAAAAUAGUAAGGAAUGAAGAAGAGAAAAUGAAGCUAGACCAUAAUAAAGACUCCCAAGAAAUAAUAUAUGAAAAUGUGGAGACAGAUGAGAAAUGGAAGCAGGCCAGUGAAAACAAGAAAGCAGCUUUUAAUGCAAUGGAGAAAGGUGAAUAUCAAAAAGCAGCUGAGUUAUUCACCAAAGCUAUCAACCUAAACCCCCAUCUUACUAACUUGUAUGUUUGCCGUGCCAGUUCUUUUCUGAAACUUCAUAUGCCAAUUGCUGCCAUAAAGGAUUGUAACAAUGCCAUAAAAUUAAAUCCGGAUAUGGCCUUACCAUACAAGUGCCGUGGAGAGGCAUUUUGCAUGUUGGGUUAUUGGCAGAAGGCUACUAAAGAUUUCUCUGUGUCCUGUCAACUAGAUUAUGAUGAAGAUACUUAUGCCAAGAUGAAAGGAAUACAAACAGAAAAUGAGAAAAUUAUUAAAUGGUGGGAAAACCCAGAGGAAAGAAGUAUUCAGGGACAAUUUAAAGAGAAGAUGAGUAAAAUGAAAGAAGCUUCUGGGAAAAUACAAGGAAAUGGUCCCCAAGAUAAAUCAGUUAUUCAUGAGUCUUACAGACAAGAACUGGACCCAAGAGCAUUUCACAUUUCUGAGGAAAAGACAAUUCUGCAUAAUUCCAAAAACUAUAAGAUAUUCCCUCGUCAUUGUUCAGAGGAUCAAAAUGAAACUUAUCCCAUGUCUGCAGUAGAAGAGCAAGAUCAGUUUAUGGAUGAUGAAAAACAAGAGCACAUAGGACUGCAUGAAAAAAGGGCUCAGAAAGGAGCUAUGAGGAAUCAAAAAUAUGAAACUGAGUCAGAAAGUGAGGAUAGCGAAUUGGAAAUUGAUACUGAAGAGGUUAUUGAAUCAGAUGAAGAUCUUCCUCAGGAGAUGGGAAAUGAAAACUUGAAAGUGACUGAUGAAAUGAGAAAACUAGCCAAUGAAAAGAAGAGGGAAGCUUUUGAUGCAGUCAAUAAAGGAGAACUUUUUAAAGCUUUAGAUUUGUUCACAGAAGCUAUUAAGCUCAAUCCACAUCUUACUAUCUUAUAUGCAAAUCGAGCCAGGGUCUAUUUGAAGCUGCAAAAGCCAACUGCUGCAAUUAGGGACUGUGAUAAAGCCAUACAAAUAAAUCCUGACUCAGCCCAGCCCUACAAGUGGCGAGGAAAAGCACUGCAAAUACUUGGUUACUGGCAAAAGGCAGCUAAAGACCUUGCCUUGGCCUGCCAGUUAGAUUAUGAUGAAGAAUCCUAUGCUUUGCUAAAAGAGGUACAACCAAAGGCUCAGAAAAUCGCCAGGCUCAGGAGGAAACAGGAACAGAAAGUUGAUGAAAAGAAGGAUAAGGGUGUUUUGGGUGAACUUCAAGAAACUUGUAAGAAGAAAGAAAGAUCUCAAAUGACAUCUGCAGAAUUAGGAAGAAAUGACAAGGACAUUGUGGGGAAACGGAGAGAAAAUUUGGGGGGAAACACCAAAGAACAACAAAGAGUAAGGCAAACAGUUCUGACAGAACAAAAGAGUAUGCCCCAAGACAAUAGAGGGAGAUGUUUUCAGGAAAGCAAAAGGAAACAAGUUAACUAUAUUGAGAAGGAGGAAGAGGAAGAGGAAGAAAUAGAAGAGGAAGAAGAGGAACAACAAGAAGAAGAAAAAUUCCAAGAGAAUUUACUGAAAGAAGUGAACUUUAAACAGAAAGAAAUGAAACACCAAGUCCAUCAGAAUGAAUUGGAGGAACAACUAAGAGCUCUUCAGCAAGAAUUGGAUGAAAAACUCAGAAGUUAUCAAGAAGAAAUUGAUGAAGAAGAAAGCACUUUGCAGAGAUUAAUAGAUGAACAGGAAAAAUCACAGCUAAAGGCACUCAGUGAACAAGAACAAGCUUUUAAAAUAAUCCUGGAAGAACAAGAAAAAAUACAGAAGGCAACCUUGAGGGAACUGGCCAGAGCUCAACAGCAGGCUUUAGAUGAGCUUGAAAAAGCCACAAAGAAAGCCCUGGAGGAACAAGAGAGAGUCCAGCAACAAGCUCUUGAAGAACAGGAAAGAGCACAGGAGGCCCUGGAUGCUUUGGAAAGAGCACAUAAAAAGGCUUUGGAGGAACAAAAUAAAGUUCUUAUAGCUGCAAUGGAAGAACAGGAGUACGCUCAGAGAAAGUCACAGAAAGAAAAAAGGAUGGCUGAAGCAGCUUUAGAAAAACUUGCAGAAACUCAAAGAAAGGUCCAAAAACAGCAGGAAAGAGCUGAGAGACAAGCUAAAGAAGAAAGAGAGAAAGCACAAAGAGCUUUAGAAGAAUUAGAGAUUGCCCAGAAAAAGGCUUUGGAAGAUCAGAAAAAAGCUGAGAAAAUUCUGGAAGCUAUAGAAAGAGCACACAAACAGGCUUUAGAGGAACAAAGAAAGAUUCAGAUGGUUGCUGUGGAAAAACAACAGCAAGCAAAAGAAAGUUACCUAGAAGAAAAAAAGAUGGCUGAAGCCACCAUGAAACAACUUUCAAGGAUGCAAAAAGAAUUUCAUGAGGGACAAGAAAGUUCAGAAAAGAAAGCAGUAAAAGAGAAAGAGGAGAGUCAGAAAGCCAUAGAAGAAUUGGAAAUUGCUAAAAAGAUAGCCCUGGAGGAACAAGCAAGAGUUCAAAAAGCUCUAGAAGCUUUAGAAAAAUCACAUAUGUGGGCAUUAGGCCAACAGAGGAAAGUGCAGGAAAAUAUUCUAAAAGAAAGGUUGAUGGGAGAAUUAGCCCUAGAAGAGCUUUUCAGGACUCAAAAAAAAAUUCGAGAAGAGCGAGAAGAAGCUGGGAAAAAAACCAUGAAAGAAAGAGAGAGCAUACAAAAGGCCCUCAAUGAAUUGGAGAUUGCUAAAAAGAAAUGUCUUGAGGAACAGGAAAGAGCUCAGAAUGCUAUGGAAACCUUAGAAAAGGCUCAUAAACAGGCCCUGGAGGAACAGAAGAAAGCUCAGAUGGCUGCCCUAGAAGAACAAGAAAAACUGAGGAAAAGGUCUGAAGAAGAAAAGAAGGUGGCUGAAGCUGCCCUAGAAGAAAUUUUCAAAACUCAAAGGAGGUUCCAAGAAGAACAGCAAAAAGCUGAAAAAACAGCAAUGGAAGAGAGAGAGAAAGCUCAGAGAAACCUAGAAGAAUUAAAAACUAUUAGGAAAAAAGCCCUUGAGGAACAGAAACAAGCUCAGAAGGCUCUGGAAGAAGUAGAAAUAGCUCAUCAACAGGCUAUGGAGGAGCAGAGAAAGGCUCAUCUGGCAGCCAUGGAGGAACAGGAGCAAGGAUGGGGAAAAAUGCAAGAAGAAAAGAAAAGGAUGGAGGCAGCUCUGGAAGAGCUUUUAAGGAUACAGCAACAGUUCCAAAAAGAGCAGGAAAUGGCUGAAGAAAAAGCAAUACAAGAAAAACAGAUAGCUGAAAAGACCCUCAGAGAAUUAGAGAUUGCUCAAAAACAAGCUCUUGAAGAACAAAUAAGAGCUCAGAGAGCUUUGGAAAAUGUAGAAAAAGCUCAUAAACAGGCACUGGAAGAGCAGAAGAAAAUGCAAGAAGAAAAGAAAAGGAUGGAGGCAGCUCUGGAAGAGUUUUUAAGGAUACAGCAACAGUUUCAAAAAGAGCAGGAAAUGGCUGAAGAAAAAGCAAUACAAGAAAAACAGAUAGCUCAAAAGACCCUCAGAGAAUUAGAGAUUGCUCAAAAACAAGCUCUUGAAGAACAAAGAAGAGCUCAGAAAGCUCUGGAAAAUGUAGAAAAAGCUCAUGAACAGGCACUGGAAGAGCAGAAGAAAGCUCUAGAAGAAUUGCAGAUUGAACAGAAGAAAGCCAGAGAGGAACAGACAAAAGCUCAAAAAAUUCUGGAAACUCUUGAAAAAGCUCAAAAAGAGGGCCUGGAAGAACAGAUGAAAGCUAAAAUGGCUGCCAUCGAUGAACAGGAGCAAGCACGAAAGAAAUCUCAAGAAGAAAAAAUGAUGGCCGAAGCUGCUUUGGAAAACAUUUUAAGAGCUCAGAAAAAACUUCAAGAAGAACAGGAAAAUGCCAGUAAAAAAAUUAUGGAAGAAAAAGAGAAUAUACAGAAGGGCCUCAGAGAAUUAGCAAUUACUCAAAAGAGAGCACUCGAGGAACAGGAAAGAGCUCAGAAUGCACUAGCAGCUAUAGAAAGAUGUCAUCAAAUGGCCCUGGAAGAUCAAAGAAGAGCUCAGAUAGCAAUAAUAGAAGAACAAGAACAAGCAAGGAAAAGAAUUCAGGAAGAAAAGAAGAUAGCUGAAGUGACCCUGGAUGAACUUUUAAAAACUCAGAGGAGGUUCCAAGAAGAGAAGGAAAUGGCUGAGAAAAAAAUAAUGGAAGAAAGAGAAAUAAAUCAGGUUGCCCUAACAGAGUUAAAAAUAGCUCAGAAAAAAGCUCAGGAGGAACAGGAAAGGGCUCAGAAAACAUUGGAGGCUGCAGAUAGAGCCCAUAAAUGUGUCCUGGAGGAACAAAAGAAAGCUCAGUUAGCUAUUCAAGAACAAGAGCAAGCAUGGAAGAAAUCACAAGAAGAAAAGGAAAUGGCUGAGGCAAAACUACAAGAACUCUUAAGGGCCCAGAAAACUUUUCAAGAGGAACAGGAGAAAGCAGAAAAGACGGCAAUAGAAGAAAGGGAGAGACUUCAAAGAAACAUUAAAACAUUAGAAGAAGUCCAGAAGAGAGCUCAGGAGGAACAGGAGAAGGCCCAGGCAUCUCAGCAUGCUCUAGAAAUUUCCCAUAAACAGGUACUAGAGGAACAGAAGAAGGCUCAUUUGGCUGCCAUGAUGGAACAGGAAAAAGCACAGAAAAAAUCUCAGGAAGAAAAAAAAAUGGCUGAAGCAGCCCUAGAAAACCUAUUGAAACAAGUACAAAAGGAGCAAGAAACAGCUGAGAGAAAGGCAAUAGCAGAAAAGGAGAAAGCUAAGGCAUUGCUAAAAGAAUUAGACAUUGCUCAGAAGAAGGCAUUAGAAGAAUUAGAGAAUGCCCAGAAGAAGGCCCUGAAGGAACAGGAAAAAGCUCAAAAAACUCGGGAUAUUCUUGAAAAAGCUCAUAAGCGGGCACUGGAAGAACAGAAGAAAGCACUAAAGAAAAUUCAAGAGGAAAAAAGGAUGGCUGAAGCUGCUCUGCAAGAACUUUUAAGAACCCAGAAAACAUUCCAAGAAGAACAGGAAAAGGUUAAGAAGAAAAUGAUGAAAGAAAGUGAGAGGACUCAGAAGACUAUAGAAGAAUUAGAAAUUGCACGGAAGAAGGCUCUGAAAGAAAAGGAGAAUGCUCAGAUAACUUUGGAGGCUCUGGAAAGAACUCAUAAACAAACACUGGAGAAAGAAGAAAAAGCACAAAAAAAAUCUCAAGAAGAAAAGCAAUUGGCUGAAGCUGCCCUGGGAGAACUUAUAAGAACUCAGAAAAAGUUUCAAGAAGAACAAGAAAGGGCUGAAAGAAAAGUCAAGGAAGAAAGGGGAAACAUUCAGAAGUCUCUCAAAGAAUUAGAGGUUGCUCAAAAGAAAGCUCUAGAGGACUUGGCAAUAGCUCAAAAGAUGGCCAUGGAGGAAAAUGAAAGAACACAGCAGAGGGCAUUGGAAGAAAAAAGGGCAAUACAUUUGGCUAUGAAAAAGCUGGAGACAGCACAUGCUAAAGCUAUAGAGGAACAACAGAUAGCACGGAGGCUGGCCUUUGAAGAACAGCAGAGAACUAAGCAGAUGUUUGCUGAACUAGAGGAAUCGCGAAGAAAAGUCCUGGAAGAUCAAGAAGCAGCAAAAAGGAAAGCUAUAGAUGAACAAGUAAGAGCUCAUCAUGCUAUAAAUGAAUUGGCCAAGAUACAAAGGGAAGUUUUGGAAGAACAAGAGCAAGCUCAGAAGAUAGCUUUAGCAGAACAGCACAAGGCUGAGAUGAUGUUUAAGGAGCUGGAAGAAAGACAGAGAAAAGUCCUGACUGAUCAGCAGAGAACAUGGAUGAAAGACUUCGAUGAUCAAAAAAAACCUCACUUUCCUUUAGGAGAAUUUGAAAACACUCAAAUGGUGGAACAGGAAAAUGUUCAUGCUAAUACAGUAGAAGAGCAAAAAGAAGCUCAUAAAGCUACCGAACUGGAGAAAGCACAGAAUCAAACAUUGGAAAAAACGCAUAAUAAAUAUGCAGCACAAUUUUCAGAGUCUGUUCUAAAAACAGUGAAUGAAGAGGGCACUGCAGUAUGUGGCCGUGAAUCUGAGGAAGCAGAAAAGAAAGACUUGGUCAUACUUGGUGGUAAAAAGUUCUGUAUGGAGCCAGGAAAAAAUCUUAGGGAUUUAGACAAGAAGGAAUACCAGCAAUCCCUUAGGAACAGAGGAUAUGACAAGAAUUCUCGAAGACCACUCCCAAACUCUGUCUUGGACUUUUUUUCAAACUGA